GAAAAAAGAAACUCCAAACAAGUGAGAGUACACACUCGCACAAAUGAAUACAGAAAUAUAAGUAUGCCUGCUGAACGCAAGAAGUCAGUAAACAUGGAGGAGAAGGACAACUCUUCUGUCGGUACCAAAGAGAGAGACGGUGACAGGCGUCCCACCUCCUCCCGGGAGAAAGCGAAAGACGAGUCCAAGAUGAGUGGUAAGAAAGAUGGUGGCAAAGCCGCUGAGGAGAAGAAGAGGAGACUUGAGGAGGAGAAAAGAAAGAAAGAGGAAAAAGAGCGUAAAAGGAAGGAGGAGGAGAGGCACAAAGCUGAAGAGGAGCAGAAAAAGAAAGAAGAAGAGGAAAAGAGGCAGCAGGAGGAGCAGGAGAAAAAGCUUCAAGAGGAAGAAGCUAAACGACAGAAAGAGGAGGAGGAGGCUCAGCUCAAAGAAAAGGAGGAGUCCCAACAGCUGCACCAGGAGGCCUGGGAGCGUCACCAGGGCAGGAAGGAGCUACGAGCAAAAAAUCAGCAUGCACAGGAAGGCCGACCAGAGGAGGCCUUCUUUAGCCGUCUGGAUUCCAGCCUGAAGAAGAACACGGCCUUUGUCAAGAAACUGCGCACGCUCACCGAGCAACAACGUGAAUCGCUUGCACACGACUUUGGCUCUCUCAACCUCAGCAAGUACAUUGGCGAAGCCGUCAGCUCGGUGGUGGAGGCCAAGCUGAAGAUCUCAGACGUGGGUUGUGCAGUACACCUUUGCUCGCUCUUCCACCAGCGCUAUGCCGACUUUGCCCCACUGCUCUUGGCUGCCUGGAAACGUCAUUUUGAAGCUCGCAAGGAGGAGAAAGCACCAAAUGUGAGCAAGCUACGCACCGACCUGCGUUUCAUCGCCGAGCUAACCAUCGUCGGCCUGUUCACUGACAAGGAAGGGCUUUCGCUCAUCUACGAACAGCUGAAGAACAUUAUCAGUGCUGACCGUGAGACGCACACACACGUUUCCGUGGUGAUCAGCUUCUGCAAGCACUGUGGUGAUGACAUUGCAGGGCUGGUGCCUCGCAGAGUAAAGAGUGCAGCUGAGAAGUUUGGCCUGACGUUUCCACCUAGCGAGAUAAUCAAUGCAGAGAAACAGCAGCCCUUCCAGAACCUUCUGAGGGAGUAUUUCACUUCUCUCACCAAGCAUCUGAAAAAGGACCACAGAGAGCUGCAAAACAUUGAGAGGCAGAACAGGCGUAUCCUCCACUCUAAGGGAGAACUGAGUGAAGACAGACAUAAGCAGUAUGAGGAGUUUGCUACAUCCUAUCAGAAGUUGCUGGCUAACACACAGACCCUUGCUGACCUUCUAGAUGAGAACAUGCCUGAACUGCCCCAGGACAAAACUGUCCAGGAAGAGCAUGGUCCUGGCAUUGAUAUCUUUACUCCAGGCAAGCCUGGGGAGUAUGAUCUUGACGGGGGCAUUUGGGAGGAUGAAGACGCGCGGAAUUUCUAUGAGAACCUUGUGGACCUGAAGGCCUUUGUCCCAGCCAUCCUGUUCAAGGACAAUGAGAAGGGGGGACAGGCCAAAGACCGGGAGGAGAGUAAAGAGGGGAAAGAGGGGAAGGAGGGAAAGGAUGUGUCCAGCACAGAGGAGCUGGAGUUGGAGCUGGAGGCACUGGACAUUAAUGAUGACCCUCUGGAACUGGAGGCUGCUGACGAGGCUGAGAGUGAGGAACUGGCCAAGAAACUACUGGACGAACAAGAGCAAGAGGAUGAAGAGACCAGCACUGGGUCCCAUCUCAAACUCAUAGUGGAUGCCUUCAUUCAGCAGCUCCCCAACUGUGUCAACAGAGACCUUAUUGACAAGGCUGCCAUGGACUUCUGUAUGAACAUGAACACAAAGUCCAACCGCAGAAAGCUGGUACGCGCCCUCUUCACGGUACCCAGGCAAAGGUUGGAUCUGUUGCCCUUUUACUCCCGGCUGGUGGCCACUCUCCAUCCCUGCAUGUCCGAUGUGGCUGAGGAUCUCUGCUCCAUGCUUAAAGGAGACUUCAGAUUCCAUAUAAGAAAGAAGGACCAAAUCAACAUUGAGACCAAGAAUAAAACAGUUAGAUUUAUUGGGGAGCUCGCAAAAUUUAAGAUGUUCUCCAAAACUGACACUCUUCAUUGUCUGAAGAUGCUUCUGUCUGAUUUCUCUCAUCACCACAUUGAGAUGGCCUGCACACUGCUGGAGACCUGCGGACGCUUCCUCUUCAGGUCCCCAGAUUCUCAUCUGCGCACUAGCGUACUUCUGGAACAAAUGAUGCGUAAGAAGCAGGCCCAGCAUUUGGAUGCACGUUAUGUCACUAUGGUGGAAAAUGCCUACUACCAUUGCAACCCUCCACCCAUGGAGAAAACCGUCCGCAAGAAGAGACCUCCGUUACAAGAGUAUAUCCGUAAACUGCUCUACAAAGACCUGUCCAAGGUCACAACUGAGAAGGUGUUGAGGCAGAUGCGUAAGCUGCCUUGGCAGGACCCAGAGAUAAAGAGCUAUCUGAUCUGCUGUAUGGUCAACAUCUGGAAUGUGAAAUACAACAGCAUUCACUGUGUGGCCAAUCUGCUGGCCGGCCUGGUGGCAUACCAGGAGGAUGUGGGCAUCCAUGUGGUGGACGGAGUACUAGAGGACAUCCGCCUAGGGAUGGAGGUGAACCAGCCUAAGUUUAAUCAGCGGCGUAUCAGCAGUGCCAAGUUUCUGGGUGAGCUCUAUAACUACCGCAUGGUGGAGUCCGCCGUUAUCUUCCGAACACUCUUCUCCUUCAUCUCGUUUGGCGUGAACACGGACGGCUCGCCCAGUCUGCUGGACCCCCCUGAGCACCUCUUCCGUAUCCGCUUGGUCUGCACUCUGCUCGACACGUGUGGCCAGUAUUUUGACCGGGGCUCUAGCAAACGCAAACUCGACUGCUUCCUCAUUUACUUCCAGCGGUACAUUUGGUGGAAGAAGAGUUUGGAGGUGUGGACAAAGGAUCACCAGUUCCCCAUCGAUAUUGAUUACAUGAUCAGUGACACUCUGGAGCUCCUGAGGCCGAAGAUGAGAUUGUGCAGCUCACUGGAGGAAGCCAUCCGACAGGUUACUGAACUGGAGAGAGAGAUCCUUGUUAAACUGGGUCUGGCCAUGGAGAAGGAUUGCCGCUGCUCCAGUGCCAUGGGUGAGGGGGAGGCAUUGGAUGAGGAGGAUGAUGAUGAUGAGGAGGAAGGAGGCGCAGAGACAGAGGAGCAGUCUGGCAAUGAGAGUGAGAUGAAUGAGCCAGAGGAGGAGGAGGGCUCAGAGAAUGAGGAAGAGGAGCAUGAGGAGGAAGAGGAAGAGAACACUGACUACCUGACGGAUUCCAACAAGGAGAACGAGACGGAUGAAGAGAACAAUGAGGUCACCAUUCGGGGAGGAGGCCUGAAACAUGUGGCCUGUGCUGAGGAUGAGGACUUCAUUCAGGCUUUGGACAAGAUGAUGCUGGAGAACCUGCAGCAGCGCAGCGGGGAGUCUGUGAAGGUGCACCAGCUGGAUGUGGCCAUUCCACUGCAUCUGAAGAGCCAGCUGAAAAAAGGCCCAACCCCUUCCUGUGUUGGAGAUGCUGACCCUGAGAUCAGCGAUACCAUGCCAUUUGUCAUGCUCACCAGGAAGGGAAACAAACAGCAGUUUAAGAUUCUGAACGUGCCUCUCUCCUCUCACUUGGCCGCCAAUCAUUUUAACCAGCAGCAGGCAGAACAGGAGGAACGCAUGCGCAUGAAGAAACUCACGCUGGAUAUCAAUGAACGACAGGAACAGGAGGACUACCAGGAGAUGAUGCAGUCUCUGGCCCAGCGGCCUGCCCCAGCCAACACCAACCGUGAGCGCCGCCCACGUUACCAGCAUCCUAAAGGAGCACCCAAUGCCGACCUCAUCUUCAAGACUGGGGGCAGGAGACGCUGAUUGGAGCCCGAAUGAGCAAGAGAUCAAAAAAAGGAGAGAAAGUGAGAGAACGAAAGAGAGGUGAUUGGGUCUUGCCUGCAAGAAUAGGGAGAUCCACCUGCGGAUGGACAGACUUGCAGACUCCCACCUCACCAUGGCAACCAGAGAGUGGAGGAAGAGGAGGAGGAGAGAGGGUCAGAGGACCACCUUGCUCCUCGGCAAUAGCACCAGCACAACACACACACACAAAGAGGGGAACACCUGGAGAGCAGAACAACUCUCAGACAAGCUGAAGACGAGACACAUUGACAGACACACAUACACAGACAGACAGACAGACAGACAGACAUUGGGGCUUGAAGCUUCAGCCAGAGUGUGUCCGUGGUCUUGUGGAGGAGGCAUAUGUGUAGACUCUGUAUGUGACAUGGGGACUAGGGGGUGGUGAUUCCAAGAGCACCUCAAAAUGGACACGAGUCUUUUCUUCCUGGAAUUUAAUCUCUGUUUUCUUUUUCACUGACAAACACAUUUAGAGUUUCAGACACACGCUUACACAUGCACACACAAACACAUACCUAAUAGUGAUGGGUGAGGAUAAAUGAACAUGUGAUGUUAGGUCACUAAGCCCACCCGGUACUGUUGGAGACAGAGUUGAUUUGUUUGUGAGUGCUCAUGUGUUUGAGAGAUGGUGCAGCAGGUUCAGUCCUCACACAAGGACAGUGUGUUACCACAGUAACAACAUGGUAAAAGGUGCAAGGCCAAUAUUGAUCAACCAGCUUUUUCUGUCAAAUACAUGAGGUGAUCAUUCUGAGAUGAGAACACACUUUCUCUUUGUUCCCUUUGUCACUGACAACAUCUCAACUUGUUUUCUAUAAGGAUUUGUUUUUGUUUUUGUUUUUGUUUUGUUUUGUUUUUUUUUUUUGCAAAGAUGAGAAAGUUGUACUGUGUGGUGUUUGUGAGUAUAAGUUUGACAAAUGCUUUUCUGUGACCUGAGUCUGAUUUCAGAUCAGUGGUUCAUAAAUUUGGUUGUGAUUUUUUUCUUCUUUGUUAAAUAUCUUAAAAGAUAUAAAUCUAUGGAUAUGUAAUUAACAACUGCAUGGGCGUUAAACACCAGCUAUGUAACAGUGAAUUUUGCCAAGAUUGCA